UUCGAUUUCCGCCCGCGUCGGUAACGCUGAGGAGGCCGUUAGCACACCGCGGUUUCCAGAGCGACGCCGGUUGCCGAUAUGUCUCUUGAAGAAGGUUCCUUGAUGGGAGACGAAGAGAAGGGAGGAGAGCCGGUCCUGACCUUCACCGUUAGUGAGUACUCGUUGAAACAGAUGAUGGAGGAGAAAGAACGGAGGAAGGCGGAGGAGGCGGUGGGGGCUGAUGGCUUCUCUGACGACCUCAGCUCUGGGGAGGCCGACAUAGACCCACAAUUCCUGGGGCUUACAGAGGACGAGGGGAAAUGUCGCACUAUCCGCAAGCAGUACCGUGAGCUCAUCUACAGCGUCCAGCAGAACCGCGAGGACAUAGUGAACACCGCGAGCGACUCGUUAACAGAGGCGCUUGAAGAAGCCAACGUCCUGUUUGAUGGAGUGAGCCGAACAAGAGAAGCGGCCCUCGACGCCCAGUUUCUUGUUUUGGCUUCUGAUUUGGGUAAAGAAAAAGCAAAGCAGUUAAACGCUGAUAUGAGCUGUUUUAAUCAAGUAACAUUUUGUGACUUUCUGUUUAUAUUUGUGGGUCUGAAUUGGAUGGAAGACGAUGAGCGUGAUGAGUUGAGUGGUUGUGAUGAUAAUAUAGCUCUUAACUUCUGGGAGACGAUACAUAAAGAAGCAACAUCUUGGCUGUCCCAAGCAGAAACAUUCCACUUUAUUUUUGGCUCAUUCAAGCUAGAACCUUCUGCUCGAAAACCCCGACAACAUCAGAAGAAAGUUCUCCAAAUGGAAGAAAAUAGGGAUAUGCCUACAAAGCUGAGGAGAUUAGACCUAAAUAGUAAUCACGAAACGACAGAAGUAGAAGUAGAAAGAAUUUUGGGACUGUUGCAAACCUAUUUUCAAAAGUAUCCUGAUACGCCUGUGUCCUAUUUUGAAUUUGUGGUUGAUCCGAACUCUUUUUCUCGUACUGUGGAGAACAUAUUUUAUGUUUCUUUCAUAAUAAGAGAUGGCUUUGCAAGAAUAAGGCUUGACCAAGACAGACUGCCAAUAUUAGAGCCAACUAAUACUAACCAAAUUGGUGAGGGAAAUGAUCCUAGUUCCUAUGGCAGGAAACAAGGAGUUAUAUCUUUGAGUUUACAGGACUGGAAAAAUAUUGUGGCGACUUUCGAAAUUUCGGAGGCCAUGAUCACAAAUUCAUACUAAAUAUUUCUUGGUAUGGGGUCCUUUUUUUGGUUUUUCUGAAGUAUCCCAAAAUGGACAGUAAAAUCUAAACAGAAGCACAUAAUGUGUCUCUUGUAAAGUGAAAAAGUAUUUUCAGAAAGUCAAAUUGUUUUACUGUGAGUGUAUUUUUCUUGGUAACUUAAAGGUCACAGUCUUAUUAAAAAAAAAUUCACUGGUAUGUUUAUGGGAAAGUUUUUUUUGCACGCCUUCUAAGACUAUUCUAAUAAAAAAGAAACAUUGAAUAUCCUAAAGGGUAUUUGGUAAUUUGCAAAAAGAACAAAAAUAGUUUACCAAAAUCAGUUAUGAUGCUCUGUGGUACGGCAUUGCUUUGCCUUGUCACAGAGAACUAAGAGAAUCCCGGAAGGGGGCUCCAAAGCAGGUUGUAGGAAGGGUGGGUGAAGAAAAUUAGGAAAAACUACUUGUAAAACUUAACAUUUUGAUUGUAAAAGAAAAAUUCAUUGCAAAGAGGACUCAGUACAAUUUCUGAGUGGGAUUCUCUGUUGUACAGAAUUUCUCCUGUGAUUGGACUCAGUAGUAGAGUGUCUGUUGUAGUAGUAGAGGCAUCUCACUAAUUGCCAGAAGGUGAGUCAGAAUUAGAGGAUGGGAAGAAGCAUUCUAGCCAGGAGAAUAAUAUGAUCAGACGGACACAUGGAAUUAGAAGAAAUUAUGGCAUGAAGGGACCAUCAGAUUUAAGGAAAAACUAUUCUGUUUGAAUGUUAAGUGGGGCAACAAUUGAAUGAUUUCAUUUAUUAGUGUCCUCAAAGGCAGAAGAUAAUUUUUGUUCAGCUACUUCAAACAAAAUCCAGUUGUAGGCUUUCACUACUUAGUUCCUUGUGGCCCUAAGUUUCCUUUUGUUACCUCUGAUAGUACACAGUGUCCUUCAGAAUCAGCAGGCAGUACACAGCGUCCUUCAGAAUCAGCAAUCUCUCAUGUAACAGCUUUGAUUAUUUGUCCCAGUUCAAUUUUGCAUUUCUUAGAACUUUAUAUGC